AUGGAAGCACGGUUAGGUAAUACAAGUAUAGUGGGUGGGAGUGCCAAUAUCAAUGGAAGGGAAUCCACAGCUGCACAGGAUGAGCACAGCCUGAUCGUCGCGAAAAUCGUGGCUAUGGUCGUGCUUAUUGUUGUUACCAUCAUUUGCGGUGGUUUGCCGUACCUGUUGGAUCAUCGCUUUAAGUGGACUAAACGGGAUCCGGAAGACACGCGCUCCUCCACAGUUGUGCGUUGCCUGCUCUACUUUGGCGGCGGCGUGCUUGUCUGUACGGCAUUCCUCCACAUGCUGCCGGAAGUGAUCGAAGUGGUCGAGUUGUUGCAACGUUGUGGCACUCUGGCGAAGACACCAUUCGCACUGCCGGAAAUGCUCAUGUGCACGGGCUUCUUCCUCAUGUACCUGCUUGAACAAAUAAUGCACACAUUUGUGCAUCGUCAUCAAAAGAAACUGAGUCGCAAGGAGUCGUUAGCCAGUGCGGCGUUCGAGCGCGGCCAUAGCGGCCGUCGUAGUGCGUUGCAGAUUCCCCAGGAUAUCCAAAAAAGUAGCGGGCAACACCAAUCUGCCACUGCCGAAUUUGGAAAUGGGGAACAUUGCCAUUCGCACCUUCCCAUCGGAGCCAAGUCGGAGAGUGUGGGCUCAUCAGUUCGUGGGUUGGGUAUUAUAUUGGCGCUAUCGCUCCAUGAGCUCUUCGAGGGCAUGGCCAUUGGUUUGGAGAAUACCGUCGGCACGGUGUGGUUUAUGUUUGGAGCCGUUGCAGCACACAAACUCGUCUUGGCCUUUUGCGUGGGCAUGGAACUACUUGUGGCUCAAACGCGCACAGCUCUGGCAAUUAUUUACAUAAUCACAUUCUCUAUAAUGACGCCAAUUGGAAUAGGAAUUGGCAUAGCCAUUAGUAAUUCAGGGAGUGCGAAUAGUACAGAUGUUCCCUCAGGCAUACUGCAGGGUAUUGCCACCGGAACAAUUAUUUAUGUGGUGUUCUUCGAAAUUUUAACCGAAAACCAAAGUGGUUGGCGUUCAUACUUUUCCGCCCUGGCGGGCUUUAUUCUCAUGUUCGGACUACAAAUACUAUCGGACGAAGCAGAAGGCGAGGAUAGUGACUCAUGUUCCUAA